AUGAGAACAAUUUCCACGAAAUGCUCCCCGACAACUCCGCCUGAAUCUCUGCUCCACGGCCUCCGUCUGUUUGGUGAAUCUGAACUAAGUUAUGCACCACUAGCAAUCAACACGGUGUCAUCUUCAUCAUCAUCACCAACUACAACAACAGCAACAGUAGGAGGAAGGAGCGGUAAUUGCUGCAUCGCCACCCACAGAAGUAUUGUUAUCAUGCGAUUGUUGCUGAUCGUUUGUGUCGGACUCAUUAUCCCAUCACCUUAUAUUGCUUCCGCCCAGGAAACACCUGCGGAGCAAGCCCACGAAAACGCUGUUGAGGAUACCAAAUCAUCAUCGGUGUGCCAUGCUAAUGAAGUCUUCAAUGGUAAAACAUGCGAAUGCGCCCCCGGAUACUUUAUGCAGUCGGAUAAAGAAUCAAAGUUACGAUGCGAAGACGAAUGUGAAGAAGUUUACUUUACAUUCUUUACAUACGGUGCAUGCGUCAGUGACAUUUACGGACGAUUACCAAAGAAUGCACAGUCUCAGUGCAAUCUGCGAUGCGGUGUGAGGAUUCGUACCCUGGCAUCCAUUGGUAUUUUUUUUAACAUUUGCUGCAGCACUUGCAACUGUUAUCUUCACUUUACCUCUUUGUAUUACCACAUGCGUAUCAUGCUUGAAUGCACGGAAGGCCAACAAGACAGCGAAACGAGUUUUUACUGAAGCUCAAAAUCAGCCAUACAAAGAGCAGCAAUUUCAAACUCUUCCAUAUAAUCCAUAUGCCUAUUGGCCCUAUUACGGACGAGCGUAAGACGGCCUAGUCGACUAAUUUUUAAAUUAUAAGCGAAUAAUGUACUAUGUUAGUGCGACGAUGCUGAAGUAAUGCUUCGCUUAGACUAACAGAUGCUAGCGAUGUUGUAUGUCAGAAGUGAAAUGCCAAAGAUUGAUAGGCCAUAGAAAUAAGCUGGCAGAUGGCUCCAUUGCUUUAGUAUCAAGUUGUACCGGUCAAACCUCAUGUACAUAUAUAUUGGCUUUUGAUAUAAACGGUAAUUGUUAUUCAUCAGAAUCUAAGAAAAAUACUGGCAAC